GGAAGUUUUCUUCUCCUGGCAUAAGAAAAUCAGAGAAUUUUGAAAGGAAGAAAAAAAUCUGGUUUUUUGGGGCUGAUUAGGUUUUGUUUCUUCAUUCUCUGGGAAUUUCAAUCUGGCUAUGCUCUCAGGAGAGGUGCCCGCAGAUGGCGAUAAAACCUCUGCAGAAAACAGCAAAAAACGGAAACUUAAGACUCCUAUCCAAAUUAUGGCUCUUGAGAAUUUCUACAAUGAGCACAAGUAUCCAAGUGAAGAAAUGAAGGCUCAGCUAGCAGAGGAAAUAGAAUUAACCGAGAAGCAAGUUUCAGGCUGGUUCUGCCAUAGAAGGUUAAAGGACAAACGUUCUGUUAAAGAAGAUGGGAACACCAUCGGGAGCCAAGAUCGGUCAAGCGUUGUUCUUCAAGAUCGUGGAAGCGGGCUUCGACAGGAUUCAUGUGGUAGCACUAAGCAAACGGAUUAUUCGAACCCGAAGCCAAGGGAAGUUGAAAGUCAAAGGCUUUAUGGAGGAUCUUACAUGGGAAAUGCUGGUGGUGAAGAUAGUACAUCUUCUGAACGUAGCUCAUCAUUACAUAAGAUUCUUGUCUCUAGCAAAGAUGGCGUCCGUGAUGUUGAAAGUCUUAGAUAUGUUGCACGUAGUGACGUUGUCCAGCAUCCUCUGGUUAUGAAAAGCUAUGGGUAUAAUAAGCCUUCGGGAUACUUGAAACUGAAGGGAGAGACUGAGAAUGUUGCUAUCACUGCCGUAAAGAGACAAUUAGGAAGACAAUACCGAGAGGAUGGUCCACCUCUGGGAGUUGAAUUUGAUCCUCUUCCUCCUGGUGCAUUUGAGCCUCAGACUAAUAUUAUAGUUCACGAGCCAAUAUAUGUUGGGAAUCAAAGACGAUCUCAACCUCCAUAUUUAACUGGAACUAAGAAGAGCAUUAAUCCUGGUUCUAGCUAUGAAUUAACUCGUAAAUCGAAGAUGCAUUCGCCAGAUCCAUAUUCGGAGGAUGAUGACGAUGGUGAUGACAACAUGAUGGUUGGAAUGGAGCCUGGUCUAAGAGAUAAGCAGCGGAUUCGGGAACCAAGACUGAAACCCCCUUCUCUCGGUUACUCCAAUCCAGUCUCGGGCCACAAACCGUUUAAAGAGACAUUCAAAGGUUCGGUCCGAGAAAUUCCUCUAACUAACAUUAAGAAGAGUCGGAUAAGCGCCAAAAGUCGGCCUGAAGGUUCAAGAAACCAUCUGAUUCCCAAUUUCCAUAAUCUUUCUGGAAGAGAUAUUGAAACCAAUCAAACUCAUGAUUAUGACAAAAAUAUAUUCAAUGGUGGACGCAAGAGCGGGCAUCUCACUGAAUCUUCAAAGCUGUUGCCUCUGAGUAGCAGCCGAUCCCCUGACUCAGUGGAGAGAGGUCUAUCUUCUGGGAUGGUGGGAAAGUAUUAUGGAGAGAGGAAUCAUAUGAAAAUGCAUAGAGAGAAAUUGCAUUCAACCGAUGAACCACCGGUUACCAAACGUUUGAAACAUGGCUAUCUUCAACAAGUUUAUGCGCCAAAAUCAUCAAACAGCGAGAUUCUUGGACGAAAAGGGCAAAUAAUCCGGUCUGGUGUGGAAUUGCCUUCUAGUUUCAGUGGGGACGAAACAGCGGAAUCUAGCUCUUCUAUGGAUUAAGUUAAGGUUCAAAAGAAGAUUAGGAAUUUUCGGUUAGUAGAUAAUGGUGAAACCGGUUUAGGAUGUGAAAAAGGUACAUCGUGUAAUUGGUAAAUGUUAGAGAUUUCUACAUUUUGGUACCAUCUAAUACGGUACCAAAGUGAUACAAUGAAAGAAGUAUAAAGGUAUUGUUGUCCCUUGUUGUAAUAAUAUAUAUAGCAGUUUUGUUUUUUGCUUU